CCUCCCACCUGGGCGAGUUUUGUUUGCAAGUGAAGACCAUGGCCACUGACACAACAACGCAACAACGCCACACCUUGCAUCGGCAGCGACGGCUUGUACACGGCUCCUCCUUUCUCUCUGAUGAUCAGGUAGACAGCAUCGCCACAGCAACAAACGAAGAGGUUCAUUCUACAGUAACUCAAUUGAUAAAGUACCAGUAUAGUAAAGUAUCAGCAAUGGCCUCAUCGAAAGCCGCGGGGUUGACAACUCGCAAACUGUACCAGACCUAUCCAACUCUGCGACGAGAGGUCAACAAGGUCCAACAAGAGAUCUUUGGCUAUUUUCCCAACCUGGGUGUUCGAACGGGCCAUCAGAAAACAAAAAAGUCACUCCAAGGGGUCUACCUGAACCGAUAUUACGAUGAACCUAUUGACAAAUACGCAAGAAAGGCCCACCCAGAGGGAUUCAUGACAGAGUUACAAGAGAGAAGACAUGUCAAACGAGAGUUCAUGAGAAGAAAGGGCAAAGGACCACCCAAAAAGGGAUCUGGAAAGAGAUCCAAGAAAUAGAAAGUUACAAUGUAGUCCUGAUCAAGAUGAGAGGGAGUGAAAUGUUGUAAUUAAUCUGUCUGCCUGUCAUCAACACCCGGAGCCUUCUACUAGCCAGCUAUUAUAGCUACGGUAGCCAUAUGGUAUGAUCCUGUUUUUCUUGUAUGUUAUCGGGCACGAUGUGCAUGUAUGUAUAGUCUGCCUUCUCCUUCCUGGCCGCAUGGACUUGGGAAGCACAACAGAUGACAUCUUUUGUCAGGGCACCCCGUCAUUGGAACACACUGUAUGUAGUUGGAUCCCUGACACGCGGGACUCGACUCAGUCUUUACCGUACGUUCAUUCGCUAAAUAUAAAAUCUACAAAGUACGA